AUGGAGGUCGAGUCCGGAUCAGAACGAUUUCACGUUCCUAAAACUUCUUUUCAAGAAAAUGUUCUGGUGAAUGACACCGUUCCAGCUUCAACUAAGUAUAAAAACAAGUGGGCUGUGAGCAGUUUUGCCGAGUGGCAGAGGUUAAGAGAGGUUCACGUUCUGGUUUUAGAUUGUAGUGGUCUCUUCAAGGACUACGAUUUACACAAGGUUACCGCUCUGAGCACAGAUAUUGCCGGAAUGGAUGUUCUGUCGCUGAACUAUUGGUUGUCAAAAUUUGUGGCGGAGGUAGCUAAAAAGUCCGGUGAAAGAUACCCCUCAAGACUGUUUAUGGUAUCAUUUGUGAGCUCAAGCGUUAUUUGGAGGAGAAAAAUGGAUCCGAAGCUUUGAAUCCUCUGGACGCUAGUGACAAAAGGUAAUUGACAACUUUUAGACCGCACUGUUUAGAAUUUUAAAAUGCACUGUUUUGGGAAUGAAUUUGGUGUGCUGUUUUUCGAAGGUUUGUCCUGUUGCGACAUUGCUUAGAUGCCGAGAUAAAGGGUGGCAUUCGAGAAGGGCUUCACAUUAAGUGCAAGAAGGAGGAGAAGGAGUUUGUGAGCGAGCAAGAAGAAGCAACAUUCUGGUGUCUAAGAAAGAAUAAUAUGUUGCCCUAUUGUUGUUGUAAGUAAUGAUUGAAGCGGCAAAUAUACUGUAUUUAGUAUUAAGACUGAUUAAAAUUCAAGUUUCUUGAUCAGUUUUUUAACUAAUCGAAUGUGUCUUGAACAGUUUGUUCAGUGGGUAUCAAAAUACAUGCACCUGACUCAAUUGAUGCAAGCUGAUUGGGUCAUCAGCAAAUGAAUAAUUAAUGAGUUUGAGAAAUUCAUAUCCAUAACAAGUAAAAAUUAGCGUUACAUGUAAGUUUUUAUCUGUUCAGCAUAUUUAGCUGUAAUGAUCUUUCUUUUGCCAGGGGAAAGCUUAAGAUUGUGUUACAGAUAUCAACUAGCAAGUGUUUAAAGAAAAAUGGGAUUUGCGUUGAUGGUGUUCAUUACAAUGUCGAUUUCAUAAGUGAGAUUCAUUAUGCCCUCGUUUGAUGCAACAUUUGCUUAUUACUUUCUUAGCUUUAUUUCACGGCAUUGCUAUACAUGUUGAUACACAUUUAAAAUCUAAUACUACGUAAAUUAAAAAAAUUUAUAUAUGAUAUAUUUUAUCAAAAUUCAGUUAAAUGUACAAUAUAAUUGUAUAAAUAAUUCAAAGUAGCUGAUUGUUUAUUAUUAUCACAAAAAAUGACACUGUGUUGCACACACGAGAAAAUCAAGAGAAAUUUCCUGUGAAGUCCUACCUAGUGAGUCAAUAAAAAAGCUUUGUUUGUUGUUUACUUGAUCCAUAUUAUUUUUCAUUUAAAAAUAAUACUUCCACUGGCCUUUGCAAUUUAGUUACUCUGGACUACAAAACUUUGAUUCUUCUCUUGGUCAAAGUAGAUGACAAUGAAUAUUUUUAAGGGAUGUGGAGUGGAUUGUGAGCUUUGCUUCAUCUGUAAUGCUAUUAGAAUAUGUAUGUACCUGACAUCUGAGUUUAUAGUGAGUGCUUUAAGAAAUAUCAUCAUUAUGCAUAUACUGUCUGGCAACUUCUGGAGUCGAUUUAAUGUAAUUUUAGUGCAGCUAUUGUUUUCAGACCCUACAGUGAAAUAUUUAACAAAUGGUUAUGGCUCUUUUAGUUUGCUAUCAAUACCCCUGUCGUGUACAUUAUUGUAUCAUGGUAUACACUAACAGGGCAACAAUAUGACACUUUCAAAAUUAUUCACUAUAUCGCUUACAUGUAGAGUUCACCUUACAACAUUUUCGAACAGAAAAAUUUCAAUUCAGUCACUUUGAAGGUUAAAUUAAUGACUACGACAUUUUUGUAGGAUUACACUUGUCAUAAUGUAGCACCAGAUGAGACCUGCACUGACUGCCUAUGCAGUCAAUAUUAAAAAGUUCAAGCCACACAAUGAUUUUUAACUAUUUUCUUUCUUACUCAAGAAUGGAUACUGUUAAGUUGGCAAAUAAAACUGCAUUUGUCUUUCUUGUCUUACAGUAUGUUUGUAAUGAUAUUAUGACUCACCGCUUUCGGAUAUCUUAAAAAGAGAAGAUGACUACAUUGAGACGCCCUUAAUAGUUGAAAAAGUUCGAUUAAUAGUUUAGUGAUUUCUGUAUUAAAGUAUUUGUUUGCUUGUUCAGAUUUAAUGAAAUUAAAAUAAAACUGUGAUAGAUUAUUAUUUAUUGUAACUUAAAAUUGUAGUUUUCCUUCCUUUUCCUUUCCUUUCUUUUCCUUUCAAUUUAUUUUUCUUUUAACUGGUCCGCCUAGAUUAGCAAUUGCUAUUUUGCGGGCCAGUCUAUUGUAACCAAUAGUCUUAUGAAAUAAAGUUGAAGUUGAAGUUGAAGUUGAAGUUAAACAUUUGUCUCACUCUGCAGGGCAACAGGUAUCAGAGAUGGCAUGUUAUUUCUACGGGAUAAGGAACUAAGGAGUAUCCAGUUGAGUGCACAUCACAUGUAAUUGCAAAACACAGAGCAGCGUCUGGCAUCUAUUGGCCUCACUGCAUAUCAGAUUAA